CAUGACAGCGGCGGCCAUGACAGACGGCGGCUCCUCGGCCACGGAGGCCCUCGCCCACCAGUCCCACCUGGUCUCCUCGCUGUCCUCGCUGUACCUGAGCGAGGAGCUCGCCGACGUGCGCCUGGCGGUCAACGGGGGGCCGCCGUUUCCCGCCCACCGCUUCGUCCUGGCGCUGGGCAGCGCCGUCUUCCGCGCCAUGCUGUGGGGCGGCCGCUGGGCGGACGGCAGGCCCCGGGGAACGGGGGAGGGCCCCCCGCCACUGGUGAGGCUGACCGAGGAGGACGAGGGGACGGCGGCCCACUUCCCAGAGUUCCUGCGGUACCUCUACACCGGGCGGCUGGCGCUGGGGGUGGCCAACGCGCCGGCCGUCCGCACCCUGGCCGAGAAGUACGACGCGCCAGCCCUGCGGGCGGCCUGCGACCGCUUCCUCCUGGAGCGGGUGCCGGAGGCCGGGGCGCAGGGCCUGGCCCUCCAGUGGCGCCGCUACGCCCUGUUCGCCGGCCUCCCCGCCCUGGAGCGGGCCUGCGACGACUUCCUGGCCCACAACCUGGAGGCGGUCGCCGCCGGCGACCGGGAGCAGUGGCGAGGCCUGGAGCCGGCCCAGCUGGCCGCCCUGCUGCGCCGCUCCGACCUGGUGGUGGAGAGCGAGCUGGCGCUGGCCCAGCACGUGCUGCGCUGGCUGGAGGGGCGGCCGGAGUCGGCGCCGGACCUCCUGCCCCUGCUGCGCUACCCGCAGAUGAGCGGCGCCGAGCUGGAGGAGCUGCGGGCCGCGCCCGGCUCCCCGGGGGAGCUCCUGGCGCAGCUGGCCCGGGCCCAGGGCCUGGGGGUGAGCCGGGAGAGCGUGCUGGGCAAGGAGGCCGUCUCGCGGCUGCACGGCCUGGACUCUAGGCCCCUGUGCCAGCGGCUGUACACCGCCCGGCCCUGGGGCGCCCCCUGGCGCCUCGACUUCUUCAGCUCCCUCACCAAGACCGUGCUGUGCAAGGAGUUCACCACCUCGGGCUUCCGGGUGCAGUCCAAGUGGUUCCUGACCUUCCACCCCAAGGGCGAGAGGCUGGUGGUGCAGGAGGAGAGGCCCGUGAGGGGGAGCGUGCGGCUCCCUGCCCCGCCAGGCGCCAAGCGUCGCUGCUGCUGCUGCCCGGGCCUCUACGAGAGGGUGCUGAAGGACAACGACCGAGCGGCGCUGCACUGCAAGAUCGUGCGCUGCCACUCGGGCAGCCGGGCCACCCACGAGCACCAGGUCAGCGUGCUGUUCUACCGCUGCCUGGCCGGCCGCUGGCUGGUGUGCGACCUCAAGACCUUCAACGUGCCGCACUGGCAGGACGUCAAGAUCGACGACCUGCUGCCCGCGCCGGAGCGCGGCAAGUACGUCAGCCAGGCCGAGGACACGCUUAGCCUGCACUUGAUUGGGCACACCAACUGGAGGAAAAUUUAGGCCGGUGCUCCCUCCUCUCUCUCUCUCUGGGGGACGCCAACUACAGGAAAAUGUAGGCCCACACUGCCUCUCUCUCUCUCUCUCGGGGACGCCAACUACAGGAAAAUGUAGGCCCACACUGCCUCUCUCUCUCUCGGGGACGCCAACUACAAGAAAAUGUAGGCCCACACUGCCUCUCUCUCUCG